UAAACGAAAAUUGACUCUUCACGCUUUCCGUAGAAGGUUAUUAAACAUGGCUGCCAUCAGGAGUGGGGUGACUCCGACUUGCCUAGCAAAAUGUUUUCUGAGACAGACUGGAAAACCUAGCAGGGGCAGCCACCUCCAUUCAGAUAUUUGGAGUCAGCGGUUACUCCAGAGGUCCCAUCUGCACACGGUGUUUGAGUGUCGUAGUCCUGGCACCAGGGCUCUGCUGGGCCGCAGACACCAUGGCAAGUUCCUCUGGGUUAACUCCGUGGCAGUCAGGCACAACAGCUCACAGGUCCCGUCUGAGGAUGGACCCUUGUUACCUCCAGUGGUGGAAGCCUCUGGCCUUCCAGUCUCUCUGCCUGCUGAGUCUACCCCCAUUAUUACACAACUGACCACUGAACAGAUCCCAGUUGAGACGGUCUCCAUGGCUGUACCCGUUUCUAAUCCGCCUACAGUCUUGGAUUCCUCUGCUGAGCUCGUGUCUGCUGACCCCACUCCUGUUUUAAUGCAGCCAGUCAUUGAACAGGUGGCUAACGCUGCUCCAACCGUGACAGAAGUUCUGCAAGCUGCAUCCACAGAACCCACUUUAGCAGAGCUGGGAAUGUCCAGCUACACACCAGUGGGGCUGAUAGAGAACUUUUUAGAGUUCAUGCAUUUGGAACUCGGUUUGCCCUGGUGGGGGGCCAUUGUUGCAGGAACAGUGUUCGCUCGUUUGGUUUUGUUUCCAGUCAUUGUGAAGGGCCAGAGGGAGGUUGUCAAGAUCAACAAUGUUCUUCCUGAGAUGACCAAACUCACUGACAGGAUGAACGAGGCCAAACAGAGCGGAAACAAAUUUGAAUUCAGCAAAGCCUACACUGACCUGACCUUGUUCCAGAAGAAGCAUGAUGUAAAUCCGCUCCGUAGCUUCCUGGUUCCUUUGGCGCAGGCACCAGUCUUCAUCUCUUUCUUCAUGGCCCUGAGAGACAUGGCCAACGUGCCUGUGCCCAGCUUACAGACUGGAGGCGCACUCUGGUUUCCAGACCUGACAGCAUCAGAUCCUUUUUACAUCCUCCCACUGGCUGUCACUGGAACCAUGUUGCUCGUCCUGGAGUUGGGUGCAGAGUCUGGUGUCAACAACCCCAACCUGCAAAUCAUGAAGACAGCGUUCAGGAUCAUGCCUUUCGUCAUCCUGCCUAUCACCAUGUUCUUCCCGACGGCUGUGUUUACCUACUGGCUGACCUCCAACUGCUUCUCCUUGGUUCAAGUUGCCCUGCUCAGACACCCUGUCAUCAGAAAUAAGCUGAAGAUCCCAAAGAAGAUCGAACAUCCACCCUCCGCUCUGCCCCAACGUGGCGGACUCAUGGAAAACAUGAAGAAGGGCUGGAAAAAUGCUCAACUGGCUCAGCAGCUGCAGGAGAGAGAAAGGAGAAUCAAAAAUCAUCUGGACAUGGCUGCUCAAGGUCCACUGAGGCCGACUUUUACCCACAAUCCCCUCCAGAAGACCCCACCCGUGGAUGCAGCAUCAGCUAAAAAGAAGGGAACUGAUAGCAGGCCGAGGCCACCGAGGUACACAGUUUGAUAGAUCAAACUGGCUGAUACUUUGACAGUAUGAUUUAUGUACAUAUUUAUAGGUGAAAGAGAGGACAGAGUGAGAGGUGGUUGUCAUUAUGUAUCUGCUAAAUUAAAUGUAAAAUCGGCCCCAAAACAACUGCUUCGUUGUGUGUAUUGUUAUGAUUUUAGAGUAUACAACACAAUAAUCCACAUCCAUACAAACAUCUGUGGAGCUGAAUUAAAGAAUGAAGUACGUUUA